UGAAAAAAAUAAAAAUAAAUUAAAUAAUAUUAUUCUGGGAAAAAUGAAAAAAAAUACCCCAAUCAUCUUCUGUUCCGGCAGCCGAGCAGCCUGAGCCGACAAACGCCAGACAUAAGCCUGAGAAGACGAUAGACGAAGUAGCGAACCAGCAAACUCUAGAUAUGAAUAGGGUUUUUGCGAGAAAACAAGCAACUUCAUCUCAUUCCGAUUCUUGGUUAAUCCCAAUUCAGCUUCUCCAGAGAAGGGGCUUCUGUCUGGGAAUUCUUCCCGAUGGCGUCGAUCGCAGUUCCGACGCCUAUGCUCGCAACUCAGAGGCCAUGGAAGGUCUUAUCUCCCAACUUCAAUCCCACAUCCGCAAGGUGCUUGGAGGAGGUGGAGCAGAAGCUGUGAAGAGGAACAGGAGCAGAAACAAGCUACUCCCAAGAGAGAGAAUCGAUCGCCUUAUCGAUCCCGGUUCUUCAUUUCUCGAGCUUUCGCAGCUUGCAGGCCAUGAACUAUAUGAAGAAUCCUUGCCGUCUGCUGGAAUAAUAACUGGGAUAGGGGCGGUGCAUGAGCGACUUUGUAUGUUUGUGGCCAAUGACCCCACUGUUAAGGGAGGAACUUAUUAUCCCAUCACCGUCAAGAAACAUCUCAGGGCACAAGAGAUUGCCUCUCAAUGUAGAUUACCAUGCAUGUAUCUUGUUGAUAGUGGAGGUGCUUACCUUCCUAGGCAGGCGGAUGUCUUUCCUGACAGGGAUAACUUUGGUAGAAUUUUCUAUAAUCAAGCAUUGAUGUCUGCUGAAGGUAUUCCUCAGAUUGCACUGGUGUUAGGUUCUUGCACUGCUGGAGGUGCUUACAUACCUGCAAUGGCUGAUGAAAGUGUAAUGGUGAAAGGAAAUGGUACCAUAUUUCUUGCUGGUCCCCCGCUGGUGAAGGCUGCCACAGGUGAGGAAGUCUCAGCUGAGGUUUUGGGGGGUGCAACCACACAUUGUAAGACAUCAGGGGUCGCAGAUUAUUUUGCUCAAGAUGAGCUCCAUGGGCUUGCUAUAGGGAGGAACAUUGUAAAGAAUUUGUAUAUGGCUGGGAGACAAGGAUUGACAAGAAAAAUGCAACAUGUUGUCUCUGAAUAUGAAGAACCACUAUAUGAUGUAAAAGAGCUCCGUUCCAUUGCACCAGUGGACCUCAAGCAACCCUUUGACAUCAGAUCAGUGAUUGCUCGCAUUGCCGAUGGAAGCAAAUUUGAUGAAUUCAAGAAAUUAUAUGGCACUACUCUAAUAACAGGUUUUGCCAGGAUUUAUGGACAACCUGUUGGAAUUCUUGGAAACAAUGGGAUAUUAUUUAAUGACUCUGCUCUAAAAGGGGCCCAUUUUAUUGAAUUAUGUACUCAGCGUAACAUUCCUAUAAUCUUUCUUCAGAAUAUCACUGGAUUUAUGGUUGGCUCAAGAUCUGAGGCAGGUGGCAUUGCAAAAUCUGGAGCAAAAAUGGUGAUGGCAGUUUCUUGUGCAAAGGUUCCGAAAAUUACAAUUGUUGUUGGUGGAAGCUUUGGUGCUGGAAAUUAUGCUAUGUGUGGGCGUGCAUACAGUCCUAAUUUCAUGUUCUUCUGGCCCAAUGCCAGAAUUUCAGUAAUGGGUGGUGCACAGGCUGCUGGAGUGCUGGCUCAAAUUGAAAAGAGCAGCAAGAAAAAAAAAGGAAUCCAGUGGACUGAGGAAGAAGAGGAAUCAUUCAAGGCAAAGGUUGUGGAGGCAUAUGAGAGAGAAGCUAGUCCUUACUACUCCACAGCAAGACUAUGGGAUGAUGGCGUCAUUGAUCCAGCCGACACACGAAAAAUAUUGGGUCUUUGCCUAUCUGCUUCAAUAAACCGUGCACCUGAAGAAACUCGAUUUGGUGUGUUCAGAAUGUGAAGCAGUUAAUUGUAGCAUAAGGGCAAUUGUUGUAUAAAAUACAAUCCCUGCCAUCCAAAUGCUUGCUUACAAAUAAUCCAGAUGGAUUCUCAUCUGAAAUGAGGACGGGAGUUGGAUCAACGGUAGAGUUGUUCCUUUAUGACCGGUUGAUCAUGAGUCCAAGUCUAAGGAAACAAUCUCUCUAUAUAAAAAGCGCAAUGAUUGGGUACACCGUACACUGUGAUGACUCUUGCCCCACCCUCGUGAAGCGGGAAGUCUUGUGGUUUGGGACACCAUUUUUAUUCUCAUCUUAAAUGUUUCACCACAUUUCCAUCAAUGAAAAGACUUUGUUCAUGUA